AUGAGAACUGUUCCGAAGUGGGUAAAUAAAAUUCAUGAAGCUGAUAAAAUCGAGUUUUCAAGUCGUCAUUUCAGUGUACACGCAAUAUGCUUCAGUCCAGAUGGCACUCAAUUAGUAGUAGGUGCUGGAGAAAAGGUCAUGGUUUAUGACCCAAGAGAUGGUUCACUGCUACAACUUCUACAGGCCCAUAAAGGAAUGGUUCAUACUGUAGCCUACUGCAGUGAUGGAAAGAAGUUUGCUAGUGGUAGUGCAGACAAAAAUGUUAUAAUAUGGACAUCUAAAAUGGAAGGUGUUCUUAAAUAUUCACACAGUGAAGCAAUCCAAAGUUUAGCGUAUAAUCCGGUGACUUAUCACUUAGCUUCAUGCGCACUCUCUGAUUUUGCAUUCUGGUCAGCUGAUGUCAAAGCUGUCCAAAAAUACCGAGUAGCGGGUCGGAUUACUAGUUGUGCCUGGGCACCAACUGGUCAAUACCUAGCUAUUGGACUUGCCAGUGGCAUAGUUUCAAUUCGUAAUAAGGUUGGUGAUGAAAUUACUAGAAUAACAAGAGAUGCUGCAGUGUGGGCUGUAGCUUUCUAUAAGAACACAUUAUUGGUUACAGACUGGAAUGACACCCUAUCAUUUUAUGACAUGAUGGGACAACCUCUUUUGAAAGAAAGAAACAUAGAAAUUUCGGCUGUUUCAAUGACAAUAUUGGGGGCCUUGAUAUUAGUUGGUGGCUUGGGAGGUUGGGCCAUACUUACCUCAGAAGGAGUAUCAAUAUUAAACACAUCAUUGGACUGGGUAUGGUCUAUUGCACCAUCACCCCUUACAAACACUUUGGCAGUUGCAUGUCAAGAUGGAACUCUAUGGUGUUACCAGGUUGUCUUCAACACAGUUCAUGGACUAUUUCGAGAAAGAUAUGCUUAUAGAGAAAAUAUGACGGAUGUUAUUAUACAGCACCUAACAACGGGUAAUAAAGUUCGGAUAAAAUGUCAUGAUAGGGUGCAGAAAAUUGCUAUUUACAAACAUCGUUUGGCGGUUCAACUUCCCGAGAGGGUAGUUGUUUAUGAACAAGGUGAUCCCGACGGCAUGUUGUAUCGCGUCAAAGAGAAGUUGGUUCAGAAAUCUGAAUGUUCGUUGUUAGUAGCCACCAGUGACUCCCUGUUACUAUGUCAGGACACAAAACUGGUAAUGAUCGGCUUAAAGAUACCAAAAUCAUGGACCGUCCCGUCACCGAUACGUUACGUCAAAGUUACUAGUUUAUAUUUUCAAGAAGUUUUACUUUUAGGAUUGCUUAAUGGACAGAUAUGGCAGGUGGAGCCUAAUAAAGGUACGGCCAGGAUGGUUGUGCAAACAGUGGGUAGUGUUCGUUGUUUGGACGUGAGCGCGUCACGUGGCCGGCUUGCUGUCGUCGAUGAGAACUCAGUCUGCCGCGUGUACAGCCUCCCAGCUGGGGAUCUACAAUAUACGGAGGAGAACGUGUCAUCGGCUUCAUGGAAUUCGUGGUGCGAGGAACUUCUUUGUCUCUCUGGUAACGGCUUGUUGUCAAUCAAGGCGGGACAGUUUCCACCAGCAACACAACCAUUAGCUGGCUCCGUCGUCGGCUUCCAGGGUGGUCGUGUUUUUUGUCUGCAAGCCAAUUUGAUGCAGACUAUCAAUGUUCCUCUAUCUCACGCCGUCCAUCAGUACAUACAACAAAAGAUGUUCAAUGAAGCUUAUGCGGUCGCUUGUAUGGGAGUGACAGCACUGGACUGGGAGCGUCUGGGAACCGCUGCCUUAGAAGAGCUCUCCUUCGAAGUGGCUCGCAAGGCGUUCCAGAGGAGCGAGAAUAUAGUCUUUUUAUCGCUCAUUGAUCAUUUACAGGAACGCUUGGAGAGCGGUGAGAAGAGGCAGAUUAUAAUAGGCGAGGUGUUGGCUUACCGCGGACGGUACAACGAGGCGGCGAGGGCGUUCCAUACAGCUGCGAGGAAUGACAAGGCAUUGGCGCUCUAUCUAGACCUACGCAUGUUUAAUAAGGCACAAGAAUAUGUUGGUGAAGGCGAGGGUGUGACCAAACUGGCACGUCAAAGGGCAGAGUGGGCUCGAAGAGUCAAUGAACCUAGAGCAGCGGCGGAGAUGUAUCUCGCGGCAGGAGAUGUACGCAGUGCUGCAACCAUACUAGCGGAGAGCGGCAGACGAGAUAUGCUAAUAGAACUAGCUCGCAAAAUGGACAAAGGUUCCAGUGAAUCUUUACGUCACCUGGCAGAAGCGCUCGUAACUGCUGGUGAAUACCCCACAGCGGGAGAUGUUUAUCACCGAUUAGGAGAUUACAAGAAAAUGGCUCAAUUAGCUGUGACAGCUGGCGACUGGGCACGUGCGUUCUCUUUGGCGCGCGAGCACGAGGAAUGUAGGCGAGAUGUUUAUCUGCCUCAUGCGCACCGUAUGGCCAGAGAGAACAAAUUUGUUGAAGCCCAAAAAGCAUAUCAUAUGGCGGGCGAAACAGAAAUAGCUAUGCGUGUUUUCAGUAUUCUUGUAAAUAACGCUGUGGCAGAGGAAAGAUUCAAUGAUGCCGGAUACUUACAUUACUUGCUAGCAACACAGUGUUUAGAAUCAGCAGCGACAGCACAGAACAGGGACAGAGCUACAUUGCUGCAUCAGUACGCUCACAACGAGCGUCUAUCCCGUGUGUAUAACGCAUACGACUCGGUACAUCAUUGUGUUCACGAGCCGUUCUCGUUGUCUCAACCGGACGUCCUAUUGAACGCUGCCAGGUACGUCCUCGCGCUCUUGGAGGAACCUCCGCCCGGACUCUCCAUGUUUUGUUUAUAUUUAUGUUUGGCGAAACAAGCUAAAGUGCUCAAUGCAAACACCUUGGCUCGUCAGAUGCUCAAUAAGAUACACGGUCUUCAAGUACCACCUAAGUUUCAGGAAGGAGUUGAGUUACUGAUGCUGAACAGCGGAGCUAGUAGCUCGUCUGAACCAGAGGACAUUUUGCCACUAUGUUGGCGGUGUCGUAGCCACGUGCCAGCACUGGCUACCACUUGUCCAAGAUGCAGACAUGUGUUGGCACAUUCAUUGGCAACUCAUGAGGUACUGCCGCUAGUUCAGUUCGAGCCGGCUGAAGGAAUCACGUUUGAAGAGGCGAUGGAUCUUAUAGAACGCACUCCGAUACCGGAGAUUGAAGGAGCUAAUGAAGGCGCUGACAUACUUAAGAUAGAUAACGACAUAGACUACGCUGAUCCGUUCCUUGAUAAGGUCGAUGAGGAGGACAAAGGCGUCGUAAUUUGCAGUCGUUUAGCUCUACUGAGAUUAAAUCCAGCCAGUCUAGUGGUAGUGAACCAUCCUCCUCUUAAACCAGUCUUCUACCGUAACAUGUUGCCCGAACUGCCCGUCACCACCUGUCCAGCCUGCUAUAAUCUAUUCUACAUGGAAGAUUACGAGGUCCAAAUUAUCUCUAAGGGGCACUGUCCCUUUUGUAGACACAGUGCUGAAGUUGCAUCAAAUGAAGACGGUAUAAACGACUCGCUAUUUAACGACUCAGGAACGUCCAGCCCUAACAGUGCCAGCAAUGAACACUCAUCAUGGCACUAA